AUGCCCUCUUCUUCAAAUGCUGGUAAACGCAAAAAUAGUUCCUCGGAAUAUUUAAAAUAUGCAAUUAAAAAUCAUUUUUUAUCAAAUCAACCAUUCGAUGACGACAUUUAUGGUAAAAAGAAAAAUGUUUCACCGGAAUAUUUAAAUAUUCAACAAAAAAAUCUUCCAUAUGUUCAAUAUGCUAUUGAUAAUAACAUGAAAUUGCCAAUUCCCAAAGAUCCUAAAGCACUUCCAUACGAUUUGUCUAAAUAUGUAUUUAACUUACCCAAAAUGAAUAAGAAAAAUAUUUAUGAAGGAGCAUAUGAUCCUUAUUAUAUUAAUUUUCAACAAUAA